AUGUCCAACACCACAAACGCUACAGCCGCCCCGAUCGUCGUUCCUCCAAGCGGGAAGUGGGAUGGCAAUGACGGUCCCUGGGCCACUUUCAAUAUCCACGUCGGCACUCCUGCGCAGACUGCCAGAGUCCUUGUUUCCACCGCCUUAGGGCAAAGUUGGGUCAUUUCAGCGAACAAAACAGAAGGAGGAUGCAUCGGUACGGAUCCGUCGACAUGUCCGCAAACUCGAGGCGGGCUUGUCAACAUAAAUGCUUCGAGUACAUGGAAAGACCAAGGCCUUUACGGCCUAGGCUUGGAGCAGAACAUACAGGACUACCUUGAUGAAUAUGACAGCGGCGACUUUGGCUUUGACACUCUAGGUUUAGGGGCAGCAGGAGAUACGAGCGACGAUUUGGAUGGCCAGGUCAUUGCUGCACUGGCCACUAAAGACUAUGACGUGGGAUUCCUUGGUGUCACCGACUACCCUACAAAUUUUACUGCAUUCGACGACCCGCAUGCCAGCUAUUUGUCUUCUUUAAAGGCACAUAGUAAAAUUCCGAGCCUGUCUUUUGCUUAUUCGGCUGGAGCGCAAUAUCGUCCGAACAAGCCCGAUGGGACCCUCACCUUGGGGGGUUAUGAUGCUUCAAAGUUCACGCCGAACGAUGUUCCUUUCACAAUGGCAGCUGAUAUAUCACGAGACGUAGUUGUGGGGUUGCAGUCCAUUACUUUCAGUGAUGCGACAACAACAAAUGACCCGCUGUUAUCCACAGGCCUGUUAACAUUCAUCGAUUCUUCGGUACCACACAUUUGGCUGCCUAUAGAAGCCUGCCAGGCUUUUGAAGAUUCGUUUGGCAUUGAAUGGAACAGCACGAUUGAACGAUACCUCGUGAACGACACCCUUCAUAGCCAAUUGAAAAAGCAGAAUGCCAGUGUCUCAUUCAUAAUCGGCAACGACGUCAAUGGCGGUUCCACGGUAAACAUCACAUUUCCAUACGCCAGCUUUGACCUCAAUAUCAGUGCUCCAUUUGUCGAUACCACUCAAUAUUACUUUCCUCUACGUCAAGCAGCCAAUUCUACUCAGUAUACACUGGGACGAACAUUCCUUCAAGAAGCAUACCUCAUUGUCAACUAUGAACAAAACAAUUUCUCCGUCUCCCAGAAUAGCUGGGUAUCAAACGCCCCAUCCCAAAUCAUACCCAUUGCCGCAGCCUCCAACGCUACAACGUCGAAGAUAACCAAAAUCAUAAAGCCCUCUCACAAAAUCUCCACUGGCGCCAUAGUUGGCAUAAUAGUCGCUGUUGUCGCCCUAAUCAUCGUCGCCGCAAUUGCAGCCUUUUAUAUUAUCAAGCACCGAAGCAAGAGGAGGAAGGUGGAAAAAGGGGAAAUGGAAGGUGAUGAAAUGACCCCUUUCCACAAAGCAGAAAUGGAUGCCACGCCAGCCAGCAAGGCUCCCUUCGAAGAGCCACCAUACGAUUACAAAUUCGGAGAGGAAAUGAACGGCAGUAAACCCGAUUUAGGGAUGGACAUGAGGAAAGGAUCGGAAAUGGAGGGCAGCAAUCCGGACCUAGUAAUGGUUGCGAAGCUAAAAUCCGAAAUGGAAGGGGACGCGGGCGUUAUGCGAGCCGAAGCUCCGGGAAGCGGAGGCGUGUUGCGAGCUGAAGCCCCAGGAAGUGAGGGCGUGUUAAGAGCCGAAGCUGAAGGAAGUAGAGGUGGUUGGGAGAUGGAAGGAAGCAAAGGGACUCCCAGAGCAGAGAUGCCGGUGCCUACUUUCGCCCCAGUUGAAAUGUACGCCGGUGAUCAUGGCCUUUACGAAUUGCCAUCCCCUCUCAGCGGCAGUGAUCGACCCUCUCCCAUCAGCUCGCCACAUUCACCUGAAAGACAACCUGGCGCGGCGUCGUGGAGCAGACGGCAGAUGGAUGUUCCGCGAUUACCUCGUUCUGGAAGCGACAUUUCUUCACCGGAUGAGGACAGCCAGGGAAAUACUCGGAGUCCCCACAGAUCAAUGCACACGUCCAGGGGUCUCAAUCCAAGUCAGGUGUCGCCGCAAAGCCAGAGCAGGGAACGACAGGGGAGCGGUGGGGAAUUCGCAGACAGCGCAUCAAGGAGGACAACACCAACGAAUCUGUCGUCUAGCGACGAAAGCGAUCCUGACAGAUGGCGUCGGGGCUACGGCGGUAAUCUAUCACCCCGGAAUCCUACAUCCAGGGAGCUAUCCUCGCCGACUGAAGGGGGCAGUGAAGGAAACAAACGGCUAGGGAGUACAUCGAGCGCUGGUACGCCAAGAGCUACUCCACCGAAUGAGCGCGCACCGAACAGUGGACCGCCGAGACCACCAGGGGAGUAUUUCUGA